GCCGCGUCGGUAGCGCUCCUUGGACUUGUCGCUCGCAAUCCUCGGUUUCUCUUCCGUGAUGGCAGUUGUCCACAACCGGACCUCCCCUGGGUCACGCCGCCCCUGCCGCCUACACCCACUGCCGCGCCGCACGCCGCCGGAUCUCCACCCCCACCCUCCCCACUCCACUGGAUCCCCGCACGCCGCACCACCCCCGGCCAUGGGCGCUGGCUACCCGCCUCCCCCUCCCCCAGCUCCCCCGGAUCCCCGCACCACCCGGCCAUGGCGAUGGCUGCUCCCCUCGCCGGGAAUCCCCGCUCCUCCGACCAUGAAGGGCUCCUCUAGCUCCGGCCGUGCGCUCCAGCACCGACAGCCACGCUCGUACUCGUGUAAUUCAACUGCGACCCCACCAUCGGAUGGGCGGCCAUGGCAUGCCAACAUGCCGUCCCGGCGGAAGUCCUUUCCUCUGUAUCUUGACCCCGGACCUUUUUUUCUGUCUACUUCCGCAUUUUUGGUUGGUGAAGCAUGCCAUCGUUCUUCGUUUCAAUCCAAAUCAGACAUGGGUCGGUCUCGCGCGCGAGCACGGCAGCCCCUGAGCAACAUUUCGAUGCUCGCACUUCCUAGGAACCAGGAGCCCCACGACCGCUUCCCUUUCUUCAGCUCGCUGCCGAGCGUCUCCAGCUAAGACGUGACGUCGGUGAGCCCUCCCCUUCUUCCUCCAUCUCUCUUCUCUAUCCCGUUCUUUUCUCUAAGAGCUCUCUCUGUCUUCUAUUUUUCUGCAAAGAGAUGGCCAUGGCCGCCCGAUGCCGGAGCGCCGCCGGCCAAGGACCCACCGGCAUCCAGACCCCCUCCACGCCAUCUCCAUCUCGCCGGAGACCUGCACCAAGUCCCAUCCAGCGCCUUCGCCACCCUUCGCCCCCCGCCCCGUAGCUCUGCAGCCCGAGCGCUUAACCGACUUGUGCCUGAAGCAGAGGAGAGGAGCUCCCUGCCACGAGCCUCUCCGGCGCUGGCAAACCAGCAGGCUGACCCCGCCUCCUACCUUUUUUUCCGCCGCGACGCAUCACCCCUUCGCUGUCUCCUACGGCGUGGACGCCGACGGCAAGCGGCGGCCGGUACCCGGCGGUGGAGAACGCGGUGAAGCAGUUUAAUUAAGGAUCGCGGGUAGGAUUGUAACUAAUGCAGGGUUGAUUUUGUAAAAACGAAGCGUUUUCUGAUAUCUUUACCUAAUAAUAAAGCAAAUUGGGUUCCUUUCGUC